GUCGUAGUGAUAAUUUUAACUGGGCUUGCUCCAUUGUUUUUAAUCGACUCCGAAAAGUACUUUUAAAAAUCAUGUUUUACGCCGUAUCUGUGCAAUAUGCCCCCAAUUAGCGAUGACCUUGACAAUUGUUACAACCGAGGCCUCGUUUGCACCGAUUUCGGGGGAUUAAGUAAUAAAGGAAAUCGUGUUUUUCGGUGAUUUUCAUAUAGCAUGAUGUACGACGGCGUCCAUUAAUGACUGGCGCCAAACCACCAUUUUGUGCGCAUAUUAUACAUUUGCAGUGAAGCAUGUGCAUGUGCACGCACAGGGAAAAAUGAAAAAAACCGGAUUCACUAUUUUGCACACAUUCCAAACUUGAACUAAACCUUUCCAACAAAAAGGUCCCUUUUUACAAGAAUGAACACAAACGGCAGUUCAAGUAAUGGAGCUGAGCAAAUCACCAUGGUGGUGGGUUCUCCCACAGGCAUGUCUGGACAGUCGGACGACGAUGACGACCAAUGUCCGUCAUCACCUGGGUCAGUGUACGAGAGUAAUACUGACCUUAUGGCGGCAGCCAUGGGGGAUGAAGUAACAGCACAAUUAGCAGCUGCUGGACCUGUAGGGGUUGCUGCAGCAGCUGCUAUUGUUUCAUCUAAAAAACGAAAGAGGCCGCAUUCUUUUGAGACGAAUCCCUCUAUAAGGAAGAGACAGCAGAAUAGGCUUCUUCGGAAAUUAAGACAAACAAUAGAUGAGUUUGCAACAAGGGUUGGUCAACAAGCCAUUGUGUUGGUAGCUACCCCAGGCAAGCCAAAUACUAGUUAUAAAGUGUUUGGUGCCAAACCACUUGAAGAUGUCAUAAAAAACCUGAAAGUGACCAUAAUGGAGGAGCUGGAGAAUGCUUUGGCUCACCAAGCACCACCUCCUAUACAGGAAGAUCCAACACUGUUCGAGCUGCCUCCCCUCAUCAUUGAUGGCAUCCCAACUCCAGUGGAGAAAAUGACUCAGGCACAACUUCGAGCUUUUAUCCCUUUGAUGUUGAAGUAUUCCACUGGAAGGGGCAAACCUGGAUGGGGAAGGGAAUCCACCAGACCGCCAUGGUGGCCUAAAGAGUUACCUUGGGCUAACGUUAGGAUGGACGCUAGAAGUGAAGAUGAGAAACAAAAGAUUUCCUGGACACACGCAUUAAGGCAAAUCGUCAUCAAUUGUUACAAGUUUCAUGGUAGGGAAGACUUGCUUCCUGCAUUCACAGAGGAUGACGAGAAGGCUAAUGCAUGUGCUACUGCGAAUGCCAGUAUAACCACCCAGUACACCCCAACAGUACUUCACACAAUCACAAAUCCGGACGGUACAGUCAGCAUAGUGCAAGUGGAUCCUAACAACCCAAUUAUCACAUUACCAGACGGUACUACCGCACAUGUACAGGGUAUGGCUACGUUACAAUCUGGAAAUGGGGAUGGUACUCCUGUCCACACCAUACAAACUAUAAGCGAGGGUAAUGGUCAAGGUGAAGUGGUUGAUUUGAAUUCAGUUACUGAGGCUACUCUCAAUUCUGACGGUCAGCUGAUUUUGACUGCUGAGGAUGGGCAUGCUACUCUUAACACUGAAGGUCAAAUCAUUUUGACCGGUGAAGAUGGACAGGUAAGCGGCGUAAUAACCGUGCCGGUGUCCGCUUCGAUGUACCAAACGAUGGUGGCGAACAUCCAACAUUUGCACACCAACAACGACGGCACCGUGUGCGUGACGCCCGUGGUGCAAGUACCAAAGGUAAAGGUUGAACCAAAUAACGGAGACAGCAUGGAGACCCUAACGGUGACCCCAAGCAGUCUUAACACCCACACCAUGAUGAUCCAGGGCUCCGGAGGUGACGGACCUCAAGUUCUCCAGGUGCUGUCGUUGAAAGAAGCCACGGUGUUGACAAAAGCGAUGCAAGGCAUCACCGACGUCAAAACCGAAGAGACGAUUAUCAGUGACCAAUAGCUUUAGGGAUUAUACAUAAACGCCAUGUUUACUUCUGCUGAUUUGAUGCCUACGGAUUUUAGUUAGGGGUUGGUUUUAGGGGUAAGUUAAUCGGUUUCCAGGUUGAGAAGUGAUUGCGUUUUUGGGUAUUAAAAUAACUUGUUUCUUUGGUUGCAAUUGUGGAAAAUAAUCCGCCUUUACUGUGAUAACCCAAAGUAACUUUGCCUAAUUGAAGUUAUAAGGAUUUCAUGUUUUUUUGAUCUUUGUAUGGACAUCUCAGAUUUAUAGUUUGCCUAAUUUGAUUUAAUACCCAAGGAAUGUUAGAUGAAUGAAAUGGUAUGUGUGUGUGAAAGCUAUUAAUGCUGAUAAUAAAAAUAGAAGAAUGUAAUGAAUUAAAUAUUGCUUAGCAAUAAUUUUACAUAAAUUUAAAAUAGGACAAUUAAUUUAAAAGUGAGCUUUUUAAAGCAGAGUACAUAACUCGUGUAGAUUUUUCUAUUUUUUUCUAUCCAGCAUUCAAGUCUCUUAAACAAUUUAAGUGAAUCAAAUGUAUGCCUUUUUGUACCUAAGGGUUUUUUCUUACAUUGAAUUGUGUAUCAAGGCAGUUGACAUAAACAGGCGUCUUAUUGUUAAAUAUGGUAGAAUUUGUAAAUAAACAAUUCUUAAUUUAGGGAGCUAAAAUAUAAUUACUUGACAUAUUACACACAAUUGUCCAAAUUAAUUUGCAGUCACAGUCAUGGGAGUUCUUGAAUUUAUUACUUAGAAUGUAAGAUUGAUUUAUUGUUAGGUAAAUAAUUUGCGAUAGUUAUUGUUUAUUUUUUUUCUAUUAGUAUUGUAUAUAGCGUAUUUUAUCCAAUUGUACAGUAUUCUUCAAGGAAGUUCAUGACAUUCAGACUUUUUUGGUCUUAUAGUUUCUUUUUUCAUAUUAUUUAUUGAAUUUCUUUCGAAAGGUUUAAUGGAUUUUUUCCGGUGUUGAUUAUUUUUUAAAUCAAAGGUACAUUAAACCAUUUCACUUAUUCGGAAUAUUGUUUAUGGUGGCACAAGCCACCGACGUUGUUAUCAUCAUUUCUUUAUUGUUUUUAUACAUUUGUUAUUAUUUUUUAUUUACACCAUUAUGUUUACACCAAGACCAAUUACAUCAUGAUUUACAGAAAAUUUACUACUUUCCGCUCAUGUGUAUAUAUUUAUAUGAAUUUAUGAAAAAUUGCUAGGAUAGUUAGAGUCGGAAAAAAUAUUCAAACACUUACUUUUACAGUUUCAUAUCAUUAACACAAACAAAUUAUUAUACAUACAAAUAAAAACGGACCAACAGUUGGAUAAUUAUUUUACGUGUUUUGCUUAUUUUUUCUGACGGUCGCAUUAUCAAUUUAUUUGUUAAAACUGACUUUAGGAAUUCAAAAAAGUUGAUUUCAAGGGGAUGUCCAUAGACUCCAAUAUUUUAAUAGAAGUCUAAUCAUAAGAAUCAUUGUAAAUUCAAUUUCAAGACAUCCGUAUAUUUUUCGAACAGUUUCUAAUAAACUGGACAUCUCCUAUAAAGAAGGACUUAGCAUUGAAGAAACCUUCUUUCAGGUUUCAUUUUCUACUCAAUUCUGUAUUUUUAUACAGAACUUCUACAUACAGAGUGAUUCAAGGUGAAUGGUAUAUGGCACCCACUAAUUUGAAUAAUAAAUAAUAUUUCCUUUCUACAAAUACCAUCUACUUUGAACCACUCUAUAUAUUAAAUAACAUUUGUUUGACUCUCGGUUUUGUUAGUUCUGUUACCGGGUGUCAAAACUUCUUAUAAAUUGUCCCUAUAUUAGACAAUGAAUAAUGGAGAUUUAAAUAACACUUAUACAGGAAGUUGUUUUUUAAGUGUGCUUAAGUUAAACCUACUAGGUGUGCGUUAAUAGUCACUGUCUGUACUUCACUUUUAAAAAAACAGCAGUUUGUGUUUAUUUGGCUGUAGGCUAAGAGUGACUAUUUUGAACACCUUGGACCAACAGAACGACGUAUGUUCCAAAACAUGGCGUAUAAAAUCUGUGAUAUUUUACGUUUGUAGUAUUUUUAUUUUCUUUUUUUUUUGGAAGGAAUAGAAAGAGAGCAUAAUUGUUUAAUAAUUUAUUGUCAAUAGCAAUAUGAAAUUGUUUUAAGGCGCCUAUUUUGAAACAUACGUUUUACAAUGUACCGGUUUAUUUGGUUGUAACUUUACACACUUAAAAAUAUACAACCUAUAACAUCGCACAAUAUAAUUUUAAAACGCUCAUUACCAAAAUUCUAGGUCCAACCGAGACGGUGACAAAAUUCAUUUUUAAUUUAUAAAAUGUAAAAAAAAUGAGUGAGUUGUAUAUGAACUUAGGUUAACUAUAUGUUGCUGUUUGAUAAGCACACUAGAAAAUGGUUGAUUAUUGUUUUCACAGUGUCUAGGGUAAACACCAUAGGUAGUAGUUUUUAUCUAAAUAAAAUGAACAUGUUAACAUUCAAACAACGAUAAGUGAAUUUGUAAUUUUGAAAGUGGUAUGGUCGGGACCACCCUGAUGGCCUCGGUUGUAUUCCUAAACGAAUAUAUCUGUAUGCUUAAGAAAUCUAAAUGUUGUUUUGAAAUUAGGCGUGGCAAGUGUGUAUUUAUUAAUUUUGUAAACUUACCGACGCACCUUGUACCUCUCAAUUAUUUUUUUUUGUAAAAAAACAAACCUAAUAAAGUACCAAAGAAUGUAAUUUCUAUGUAAGAUUUUUUUGGAUUUUUAUUUCCGAUCUGUGCCAACAUAGUCUAGGGAUGAUCCGCGAACUUUUUAAACAAAUUGGGUUUUUUUUGCACGCUUUCAUGGUGCGGAUCUACCUUAGGCUAAUUAUUUUUUUUGUAUAUAUGUGUAAAUCAAAGCCGGUUUCUCAAAGUGACUUCAUCGAUGUUUUUUUUUAAAAAUGGCACAAUUUCUCCUUUCUCUCAUUUCAUCGCUAUAGAGGUAAGAGACGUAAAAAGAUUCCCUUCAAUGAAAAUAAAUUAUUUUCUUACCAGUUACAUAUAUAUAUAUCUUAGAACUCGUUAACAAAGUUUUCUUUUGUACUUUUGUGUAAAAACUAAUUAAGAUAUUGAAUAUUAAGAAAAUACGUCAGUGAAUAAGUAUUUAGGUGAAUAUAUGUUCAAGUAAUAUAGAUAUAUGGUGACAAACUU